AUGGAGCACAUUUACUCUAAGACAUUGGAACCUGGCGAAUAUCGGACAUUUGGAUUCUGCCAGGAUCCCCGGCACAUCCCCCGCCGACACAAAGACCAGCAUCUCGCGCGCGCUGGUUCACGGCAGGCGAAAACAGAAUGCGAGGCCCUGAUCGGCCACCAUCACCGCCCAACAUGCGAGUCCAGCGUUGGCCACUCGGUCGCCAUGGUGAUGCCAGAGUGCAUACCGUCGCGCAUCGAGACCAUGGGCUACUUCAUGGAGGCAAUUUUCUACAUGGACAAUAUCGCGGAGCCCGGGUCUCAAGACGACACGGGCAGCCUUGCGAAUGAGUGGGCAGAGACUAUGCCUGGCUCUGGAGAUAAGACAAGGACCAUAUCAAAUUCAGAAACCAAGGCGGGUAAAAAGUCCAACACGGGAGCAAAACAAGUCGUGGCAAAACCAGCGCUUCAACUCCUCCUCAUCGAUCCAGAUUGCGCCAAGAACGUAAUGCAAGCGUGGAAGGAAUGGGCCAAAGGAUUCAACAAGCCUCGUCGCUUCGACAGCGUCGAGCAAUACAUGCAAUACCGCGUCGUCGACUCAGGGACCAUCGUUGCUGUACACCUCGUGAACUGGGCCAUGGGCUUGAACAUCUCAGUCGAGGAGCCGCGGCGGAUCGAGGAUAUCGUCGACCAUACCGCUCGAGCCCUCUCUUAA